AUGAUUACACAGCUCUUAUUAGUUUUUACUUCCUUAAAGACAUUAAAUAUUGCUGCAGGACCAUGGGGACAAAUAUGUGCUGGGAAUCCUUCAAACGAAAUAAGGGGCUGUGAUAACAAAGGAUGUGGAAACUACGGCGCUCGAAGGAAAUCAAAAGAUGGCACCAUAAGACGACAUCUAGGGGUAGAUGUUGUAUGCAAUGAUGGAUCAACAGUGUAUGCUCCUUUUAGUGGUACUAUUGAGAGACAAGUUAUCCCCUAUAAAAUCAAUAAUGCCAUUAAUAAUGGACUCCAACUCCAUGGAUCAGGUUUCUGUGUAAAAAUGCUCUAUAUCAAGCCUGUUAAAUACCGAGGCCAGAUCACAAAGGGCAACAAAAUUGGAGUAAUGCUGCCAAUGCAAAAAGUAUAUCCUGAUAUAACAUCUCAUGUUCAUAUUGAGAACUGUAACAAAGCAGAUCCUACUGGUAACUUAUAA